AUGCACGCGGUGGGCCUGCACUCGGCGCUCGCUAUCCGGCGUGAGCGCAAGCGGCGAGCAGAGCAACAGCGAGCCCGAGAGCGCCGCUACUCACUACAAUCCUCCGAGUCCGGUGUCACAUCACCGCACUGCUCCACCGGUAGCCUCGAACGACGCCGCUUCAGGAACACACGAACCACCGACAAUGAGGUCGUUUCCUCUGUUGGUAUGCUCCACCUCGGAGUCGUAUUUGUAGUACUCGGUCUGUUCCUCAUUGGCUCUGGCUGGCUGCCCGACGACGUCACAUCUUGGAGCAGCAUUGGCUCUGUCAGCUGGUUCAAUGAGCUCGUGUGCUCAGGGUUAUUUGCACUCGCCAUUGGCAUAUUUUUAAUUGCAUUGCAUAAGUACCUGAUUAAAAGUGAAGAGGAUGCUUUGGAAGACUACGUACAAAGACAAUUGACACGGUCCCGCUCAGGGCACAGAUUGGAAAGGGAUGCAGAAACAGGGGGGAUGCACACUAAACAUACCAGACGAGCUAGAGCAACUGAAGUACUUCCAGAAACCAUAACAGAAACUUACGUAGAGCCAUCGCCUGAUAGAGCACACGGCUUUGUUAACGCACUUGCGUUGAAUGGAGACGCUCUGAGAGAAUCCCCCCUUGAACAGAUUGUUGAAGAAGAAAUAUCAGUUACUUCGGAGACUGAUAGAAGAUUGGGUCGAUUUAAUAAGGACACUUAUUCUACGCCGUCCGUCGCACCUAGCUUGAGUCCUGGAUCACCUUCUGAUACUAAGGAGUUGUUAUCAGGUGGACAUUACAUGAUUAUGUCCCGGAUGUGA